UAGAGAGGGUGGAGGAUGGCUCGCCUCAUGAGCGCAUAACGUCAGUGCAUGUGUGGGCUUUGUAUUUAUUUUUGCUUCGGAGUUUCUUUGUUUUACGUCCAGAUAAAGCAAACACUUCUUGAUUUGAAAUGCAGCUUUUAGCGGACUUUUUCCCUCUCUAAAAUAAAUGGACACCGCGAUGAAAUCGGAGACUGGCUCUCCGGUCUCUCAUUCACAAGCGAGAUGAAUCGCUGAAACUGGCGUUGAUACUCUUGGACGGUCAGUGUUUUCAGCUAUGCCUCCGCAACGAGGUGGAGAGUAUAAGGCUGUCCCAGGUACGGUUGUGCCGCCGGUGCCCCCGAGGAGAUUCAGGGGCAAAGAUUUGUCAUCCGCGGUGAAGAGCCGCUUCGGGUCUGCUGCAGCGGAGCGCAGGGUGAAGUGUGUGUUGGUUGGUGAUGGUGCAGUGGGUAAAACUAGUCUCAUUGUGAGCUAUACCACCAAUGGAUAUCCCACCGAGUAUGUUCCAACAGCGUUUGACAACUUUGCAGCGGUUGUAGCUGUGGACGGCAAGCCUGUGAAACUUCAGCUUUGUGACACAGCCGGUCAGGAUGAGUUUGACAAGCUCCGGCCGCUGUGCUACACCAAUGCUGACGUCUUCCUGCUCUGCUUCAGUGUGGUAAGUCCCUCCUCUUUCCAGAAUGUGAGGGAGAAGUGGGUGCCUGAGAUCCGCCGGCACUGCCCGAGGGCACCGAUACUGUUGGUCGGCACUCAGGCUGACCUCCGGCAAGACGUCAAAGUGCUCAUCCAGCUGGCCCAGUACAAGGAGAAGCCGGUCGACCCCCAGGAGGCCUGUGUGUGUGCUGAGGAAGUGCAGGCCGUCUCGUACAUGGAGUGUUCGGCGCUCACCCAGAAGAACCUAAAGGAGGUGUUUGACAUGGCUAUAGUGGCCAGCAUCCAGUACUCUGACAGCCAGCAGCAGAAAAGGCUGAAGAAGCGGACGCCUGAUAAAAUGAGGAUGCUCUCCGAGUCAUGGUGGAAGAAAUACUGCUGUUUGGCGUAGACACGAAAAUAUGAUUGUACUGUCGAUAUUGAUUCGGUUCGAAUUUUAUGGAUGAAAUGGACACAGAUUCAUCUGCUUCAUGAGACUGUGUUAGUGGGUUAACUGGAGCGCUGGUGGCCUUGAAAUGAAUGGGACAGUUUAGAAAAGAUCGCCAAGCUUUUAUCAUAAAAUGGAAAGAUUCUAGAGAGACUAGUAGUUGUCAGCUAAAUUUUAGGUUCUGCUCUCCAUUUGGAAAGUCCCAGGUUAACCUCAAAUGUCCAUGUGAACGAUUCAGGGCACGAGUCAUCUGUCUUUCUUUACCUUAUCUCUUGUUUGAAGAGGAUUCAAGUGGACUUAAGGGCUUUUUUCUAUCAGAUUUAGAUCUAGUUUAGACUGCCAGAUUUUCCUUUUUCAUUCAGGCACUGUGAAAAGCACCCUAUUGGUCGGUCUCAGCAAAAACACAGCAUUUUAUUGUUGUUUUAACACUUCUUCUACUUACAUGAACAGGAUUACUUGCCUUUGUUAUCCGGGAUCCAGAGCGGGUUCAAUCUGAGAUGCUCAAGUGCUUCGUCGUGUACCUGUCAAAGCAUUGAGUGUGAUGUAGAGUACAAGCAGAUGUUUGGACACACUAUCAACUUGACAUCACUGACAUUUACCUUGUUGUCCAGUGAGGGUGAAUGAUUGUCCAUUUCAGAGACAGCAGGACGCUGGCACAUCUCUCCAGGCUGUCUUGUUUACAUUUGGAGUUAAGUCCUGACUCAAACACACUGUGAGGUCAGGGUCUUUGAGUGUAAGUAAGUAGACUUAGUUGGCCUGUUGGAUUAUAUAUCUGGUCAUUGAACCUGGAGCUUCAUCAAAAACAGUGUUUUGAGUGAAGCUUUUCAGUGCUGUCAGGAGGAAUUUGAGUGGCUCAGACAUUCUUGAGUAUUUAUUAGAAUAUACACUAACAUUCAAAAGUUUGGGUUCGGUACAAUUUUUUUAUGUUUGUGAAGGAAUUUUCUUAUACUCACAGAGGCUGCAAUUAUUUGAUCAAAAACACAGUAAAAAUAAUAAUAUUGUG